AUGGCCCCAACGGAAGUUAAAAGGGAAGGUGAUGAUUAUGAAAUUCCAAAUGAAGCAAAUGACAUUCGUUUGAUGAAUGAAAGUCGGGCAGAACCUGAUCAUGGUUGCGAAGCUGGUCCGAGCAAUGAAGAAGCAACCAACAUGAACGUUGAAGAUAGCGGAGCCGAUGUGAAAAAAGAAAUGGUUGAAUAUGCUCAUCGCAAUGACAUGGUUGGUAAUGUUGAACGUGCUAUUCUAGAACAGAAAUUUGAUUCGGUCGAAGAUGGAGAAGAUUUCUACAAUGCGUAUGCCAAAGCCAAGGGAUUUAGUAUACGAAAAUCCAGAUUUAACACAAAUAAAGAGGGAAAGGUCGUUAGUAGGCUGUGGUUGUGUUCAAGGGAAGGUCAGAGAUUACCAAAAUACUUGGACCGUGUUGCUGAGAAGAGUAGAGCUCCCAAAGCACUAACAAGAGUAGGUUGCAAAGCCCAAUUUCGCAUACGGUACGAUGCGGAUGCUGGUGAAGGGGGAAAGUAUGUUGUGACUCACUUCAUCGCAGACCACAACCAUGAAUUGGCGGAACAACACUGUGUGAUGUAUCUGAGGUCACAUCGCAGUUUAAACAGCGGUGACAAAGCUCAAGCAAUGGCUAUGCGCAAUGUCGGUGUGAAGACUAGCCAAAUCAUGGACUAUAUGGUAAAUCAGUCCGGGUCUUAUGAGAAUGUUGGUUUCAUCCGCACGGAUCUGCACAACCAUAUUCAAGCCGAACGUAGAGCAGAAGUUGAGGAUGGUGAUGCGCAGGGUGCGUUGGUUUACCUAUGCGCAAAACUUGAUGUUGAUGCACGUUUUUUUUACAAGUAUGAUGUGUGUAACGAUAACAAGUUGCAAAAUCUGUUCUGGGCAGAUUCGAAAUCGCGGGCCGACUACGCAAAGUUUGCUAAUGAGACAAUUGAGACAUACACAUGGGUUUUGGAAACAUUUAUGGAGGCGAUGGGCAAUAAAGCACCUGUGUCCGUACUGACAGAUGGGGAUAAGUCGAUGCGAGAGGCAAUCAGAAGAGUAUUUCCAGAUGCAAGACAUCGAUUAUGUAAUUGGCAUCUUGGGAAAAAUGCUGUUUCAAAUGUUCACAUAAGUGGCUUUGCACAUGCUUUCAAGCAGUGCAUGGACAUGGAAACGGAUGAGACAAAGUUUGAGCAUGGCUGGACGACAAUGGUCGAAGAAUUUGGACUUCAAACCAACAGUUGGGUGUUGGAGACAUAUGAGAAGCGUCAUAUGUGGGCUGAGGCAUAUAUGCGUGGACAUUUCUUUGCUGGGAUGAAGAGCACUCAGCGCUCGGAGUGUAUGAAUGCUUAUUUCAAUCCCUUCCUCCAACACAAAUUGAAGCUAUAUGAAUUUGUUAGGCACUAUGAUCGGGCUCUUGCAAGGAUAAGGUAUAACGAGGCUGGAGAUGAUGCUGAAACAAAUAACACUUUUCCGGGGAAGUUGAAUGUGAAGGAUGUGUUCCCUUUGCCGGAUGGUCAGAAAUGCUACUAUAUUCAUAAGUACAGAGUGAAGGACAGAUCAUGGAUAGUAACACACAGUCCAAUGGAUGCUGCAAUGAGAUGUUCUUGCAUGAAGUUUGAGUCGUUGGGGCUACCUUGCUGCCACAUGAUAUGUGUUAUGAAAGCUGAAAAUUUAACGCAAAUUCCCCCAACUUGUGUGCUGCAUAGAUGGACAAGGGCUGUAAGCAAGGAUGGCCAGCAAUGGCCUCAACCCUCAAUUGAUAGCACUACAACACAGACGGCCCGGUAUGGGAUAUUGUGUUCUUCCUACAACGAAAUGUGUUUCUAUGCCUCGCAAUCAACGGAAGGUUUCAAGGAUGCUAGGGAUGCAUGUCUUCCGAUGACGAGCCGGAUGAAGGAGUUAUAUGAGAGGAAUUUGAACGGUGGGAAUGGAGACAAAGGGAAACAUUCAUUCUGUCGACAAUUUGGAGUAGAAGAUCCUGAUGUUGUGAAGACAAAAGGGAACCCAGGACGGGCCUCGUCCAACUGUCGAAGACCAAGAAAAUGUGGGAAUUGCAAAUGCAUUGGGCACACAAAGCGAACGUGUCCUAAGGUUCGGUUUAGCCGAACAGUGGGUACUAACUCAGAUGCAGAUACACCUCACAUAACUGACCGUGAGUACAAUGCGGAGUCAUUGCCCGUUCGUUGCAAAACUGGGUUGGUGGAUCCAAGUACACCGCACAUUAAGCAACGGCGACUAUUUUUUGAUGUUUCUCCUGAUUCCAAGCAGCCUGUGGGCCAAUACGGUAGUGUUGAAGCAGCAGUGUGGAAAAAUGAUUCGAACACAAUUGAUGAGGUGAAUCAGCAACGAAGCAGUAAUUUAAAGUUGACAAGUUCAAGAAGAAAAUCAAGCAAUUGUGGUAUUGGUUCAAAUGCCUGCAAUGGAUGA